AUGCAUGGAGACAGGCAAAGGGAAGCCGUGGCAGAAACGAGACGCCUGAAUAUAUUCCCGGCUGAGCGCCAUCAGGGAAGAGGCCUCGAACUCGGAAAGCCUCUUUCUUCCCUUCUGCUGCUGCUGCUGCUGCUGCUGCUGAAGGCUCGCUUCGACCCCCCCGACCCCCUGAUCCGGGAGGGGGGGUCCUGCCAGCCCCCAGCGCGAGAGAGAGCCAACAGCCACAUCCACUUGCCCGUGUUGUUGGCGGGCCGGGCCUUCGCCAGGGACGUUCCAGGGCCCCACCAGGCUUUCCCCAGCCGCCCCCCUGCCGUCUCUGCCGUUGUCCUUUCCCCCCUGGCGACCCCAGCCCAGGAUGGCUGGCUGUGGUCGAGGCUCACCUGGCUGGUGCUUCCCUUGCAGGAGCAGGAGAGACUGGCCGAAGGUGUGCGGGCCGCCGUCCUGGCCGCGGCCUCGGUCUUUUACCAGCUCCCGAAGGACCAAGGGACCACCCUGCGCCGAGCGGUGCGGGAGGCCACGGUGGAGGUGGUGGAGGGCAUGAUCCAGCUCACAGAGGUCAUCCUCCGGACCCCCCUGCAGAGCCUCUCUCGGGACCAGCUUGUCUCAACCGGGGGUGUUUGGGAGGCGUGUGACCGAGUUUCCAGCCUGCCUCGAGAUAACCAGGCAGCCGCCACCUUGGCCAUCUCUUCCUGCCUGGGGAUUGUCAAAGAUGCUCUGGAGGAGAUGGAGCAGGCGCAGGCGGAAGGGGGAGACCCUUACGGAGAUGUCCUGGAGGACGAGGAGGUGGGCUCCCGGGGAAACAAGGAUGUCUACUGGUCGGAGGCUGACCGGCAGCUCCUUGGCCCCUGUGUGGGGCUGGUGAAGGCCGCCAGGGCCUGCCUGAAGAAGGUCCUGGGGGCGGUGAGAGCCCACGGCCAGGCGGCCACGCUGGAGCAGGUGGCACAGCUGGAUGACCUCGCAGACAUUGCGGGCGACGUCAGUCCCAGCGUGGACGAGCUGGUGCUGAGCACCUACCCGCCUGUGAACCAGCUGGCCCUGCGCCUGAAUGCUGGAAAACUGGCCUCGGUGCUGAAGAAGAUGCUGGAGAUCGCCAGGACCAGCCAUGUUUGCCCUUCGCCUGAAGAGGACUGGGUGCGAUUCCUCACUGGGGCUGUGGAUCACAACAUGGGCAGAAUCAAAAGCCUGACGCAAGGGCUGCUUUGACUGGGGCGGGGGUAGUCCUAGGGGAGGGGCCCAUGUGCUUGCUCGGUUUCUGCGGGGACGUGGGCUGUGGACAAUAAAGCCCGCUGGGCUGUUGUUGGCCCCGAUUUUGCAGAAAA